GUCCGAGAAUUGCCGGUUGGAAGCUUUGUUGGAGGAUCACGGAUGGGCUCCUGUUGUUAUUGCUAAUACUACUACUUUGUAUGAGAUGCAGUGGCCUAUACAUAGAUACGAAGGUACUACCUAGUCUAUUUCAGAGACACAGCUUCUUUCUCAUUCGUUAGUGCAUCCCGAUGGCAGAAGAGAAGCCAGCAGAGCAGCCGGCCAACGCUCCAGUCGCGGUUACUGGAACGAGCACUGAGCCGCUAAAGAAGUUUCCGAAGGGUGUGGUCCUCGGAAAGGAUGGGAAGCCCUGUCGCUCCUGCACCUCCUUCGCAGCCUGGGCCUCGCAAACCAAGUCUUCCCUCAAAGCCGCAGCACCCGCGAUGCCACCAAAAGACUGCCCACCAGACGUCGAAACACUAGGUCGCAGUACCUGGACACUCCUUCACUCGAUCGCGGCGACCUACCCGUCUACGCCGACUCCGAAAGAGCAGACCGACCUGAAGAGCUUCAUGCGCCUCUUCUCAAAGCUGUACCCGUGCUGGGUGUGCGCCGAAGAUUUUCAGAAGUACAUGGAGAGGCAGGACGUGAAAACCGCGAGCCGGGACGAAUUCGGAAACUGGCUGUGCGAGGCGCACAACGAGGUGAACAGAAAGCUGGGCAAGCCGACAUUUGACUGUAAGAGGUGGGAGGAAAGAUGGAGGACGGGGUGGAAGGACGGAAGUUGCGAUUGAGAGGUGGUCAAAGGGCGGUCUGUUUUCAAUCUUGAAUUAUGGGACGUUGGAUGAGACGGAGUUCGGCGUGGGGGUUCCAGCGUGGUUAUUCGGGCAUAGCGACGGAAAUAGACGGGAUCUAGACCGAGCCCAAAAUCAGCUCCACACAUAACACCAGCGGCCGAUGCCUGAACUUCGACAAACUUUGGGCACCGUCCAGCUGGUCUUGGCAAUAAGCAGCACCCGGUAGGGCCCGGCUUAGACUCGGAUGGUCCCGCCAGUCGGGCCGGCAGUGGACUUGCAUGACAUCACCGACUCGUAAACGAGAAACAUCGGCCCAUCAUCUUGCAUACAAUGCGCACAACGAUCUAGUACGGCAUAACCGGCAGGA